AUGGUGACACAACUACUCCGCAUGCUACGUGAUUUUGCACCAAGCUACUUCGACAAUAUUUUUGUACACGGCCGAGCUGAGCAACAGCUUAGCGCCACGGAGGUUUACAUUCGGCUCUUUAAACAGGUGUUUCAAGUGUUGCGUGAGAUCAAAUUAUAUGCCAAUUUGAAGAAGUGUGUCUUCGGUGCUCCCGAGAUUCCAGCACUCGGUUCUUAUGUCAGCAAGGAAGAAUUACGCCGAGAUAAUUCAACCAUUAUCGGCUUUGCUGAAGAAAUACGCAGUUUGGUCAUGGAAGGCAGAGCAUCAAUCUGCCUUCGACUCCAUAAAAAGAGCUUGUCUGAGGCACCAGUGCUAAUGAUGCCUGAUACCUCCAAGUUAUUCCACGUUGUUUGUGAUGCAAGCAGCUUUGCGAUUGAAUGUGCCCUCAUGCAUUGUGAAGAUGAGGGCCGAGAAUGCGUCGAAAGUUUUCAGUCGCGAUAG